CAUUAGUAAAGAUAAGUUUAUGAACUUCGAUAAUAAACGUCAUUCAAGUGAAUGAAGAGAGGUGCGCCUGCUCUAACUUGCAGUGAUAAAUUGUCGGAAAAACCUUGGACUAUGCGAAGAUCAUUAUUAUAUUGUAUCUAAAUUGCAAUAUAGUAUCUGUACACGCGUUAUCGUGAAAAUAGUGAACUUUUCAAUCCUGUGAAUUCUAAACAGUGGACAUGAGCCACCCUCGAAGUGAUGUCAACAUAUGCACGGCGGCGCAGCUGAGAGUGAUGUUGCCGACGUCAGUGGAACAUAAUAUGCCUCCACCGUUUAUCGAUAUAAACAACAUUCAUGAUAUACCACCUCCUCAAGCGGACUUCUCAGCACCACCCCCAUAUGAUGUGGCAGCAAACUCUAAACUCCCUACAUAUGAGGAAGUUCAGAGGGAAAAACAGAUGGAGGGGGAAGACCUGCCACAGAUGCAAGGCCCUCCUCCCAACCACCCGACGUUCGCUGCCUUCGUAACGGUGGAGCCGACAGAAGGGUCAGCUGAACAACUGGAUCCCGAGAACAGUUUACUCGGCACAGAUAUCAUGUUCUUAACGUCAUUUUUUGUGGCAUUCCUGUUCAACUGGAUCGGUUUCCUGCUCCUGAUGUGUUUCUGUCACACGGUGGCGAGUCGCUACGGUGCUCUGGCCGGCUUCGGUCUCUCGCUCGCUAAAUGGACACUAAUCGUCAAACAUUCCACCGAGCUAGCGUCUCACGAGAACUCCUGGCUUUGGUGGCUCAUUAUGGCGUUUGGUAUCUUAAUCUGCGUUCGUGCUAUAAUCCAGUACCUGAACAUUAAGCGCGGCUGGCGUCUACUCUCCGGCACAGCUCAAGAGCGACUGCUCUUCUUCUACUAAACCGCACGCUUUUGUUUCACUCAAAUACGCAUGUAAGCUGGUAGUGCGACAAGGAUGGAUAUAUGUUUCUCGUUUAGAUUAUAAUGUCCUUAUAGCGAGGCGUAAAGACGUAAGAUGUACCCUUUAUUGUGAGUUGUCUUGCCCUUUACGUUCAAGCUAUUGGUAUGAAUCUAUGAUAACAAAGUAAAUUGAUUGUUUAGAACAUGCUUAGUGAAUGUUUAAGGAAUAUCAGUAACGCAUAAGGACAUCUAUUUACUUCUAAAUCCGUGUUAUCACACAAUAUUAAUCCAUACUCGCAGGUUGCUUUGACAUACUAGAGCCAUCUAGUGUACGAGAGGUGGUACUAAUUAAAAUAC